GUGUACUAUUCUACUCUAAUGCAACCAACAGGUGAAAAAGGUGAGCAUGAGCCUCUCAAAUAACAGCAAGAAUUUCACAACAGCCGUCUAUCGGGACACUUUAAGCACGGCUAUAAUCAAGAACAUGACAACGGUGGUUCUCUGCAUCUCCAUCAACUAUGUUAACGGUAUCCUGGUGCACACAUUCAGAAAACAUAAGGUUUUCAGUAUGAAUCCUCGCUACAUUCUGUACAUUCACCUGGUGAUCAAUGACAUCAUCCUGCUGACCCUGUUCACCCUUGUCCAGGUCCUGAGUUACAUAAUGUUUACUCUUAAUGUCUCCUUAUGUAUAGUUAUGUUAAUGAUUGCUGUCUUUGCAAAUUUGAACAAUCCCCUAGCACUAGCUGUUAUGUCAAUAGAAUGUUACAUCGCUAUUUGCUUCCCUCUCCACCAUUCCCAGAUCUGUACAGUAAGGAAAACCUAUGCUGUCAUCGGCCUGAUAUGGGUGAUAAGUUCACUCUCAAUCCUACCAGAUUUAUUUGUUGCUUUGACAACAGAAUCUAUGGAUUUCUUUCGUUCCAGAGUUUUUUGUCUUCGAGAAAAUGUUUUCAGAAACCCUGGUCUGGCAAAGAAGAGAGAUGUAUCCAACACAGUGUGUCUGGUAAUUGUUUGGCUUACUCUCUUCUACACAUACUUCAGGAUCCUAUUUGCGGCACAGGCAGCCACUGCAGACGCCAAAAAGGCAAGAAACACUGUGUUGCUCCACGGCUUCCAGCUGCUGUUGUGUAUGCUCACCUACGUUUUUUAUUUCAUAAUAGAAGGUCUGACAUAUUUUUUCCCAAAAGGAGUGUUGGCCAUUCGGUUCACUAUCGCGAUAUUCGUUCAGGUUCUGCCUCGACUCAUCAGUCCGGUGGUUUACGGGCUACGAGAUAAGACAUUCAGGAAAUACCUGAAAAGAUAUCUUUUAUGUGCAUUGUGCCAGCAUUGA